UUAAUGGAAGUGGAAAUAAUUCCGACUAACAAACAAGUUGACAGCCAACAUAGCUCGCAGAAGAUUCAAGAGCGAAUGAACAACAAGCAAGAACAAAGAAAAAGAAAAAUUAAAAUAAAAUACAUCGCAUCCACUCAUUCAAUCACUCACACACCAGAAAGAUUCCUCCUGUUCCCGCUUUCUCUCUCGAUCUGCUACUGCUAGGACUCGGAGUAGUAUGGAUUGCACCGCCGGUACCUGUUUGUUUCCGUUACAUCGCUGCAAAACUAUUCACCUCGUGAGGCAUGCGCAGGGGAUCCACAAUGUGGAAGGAGAUAAGAACUACAAAGCGUACUUGAAUCCUGAAUAUUUCGAUGCUCAUCUCACUCCUCUCGGAUGGGAGCAGGUUGAUAAUUUGCGUAAGCAUGUUCACUCCUCUGGUUUGAUAAACAAGAUUGAUCUCGUUAUCGCUUCUCCUUUGAUGAGGACUCUGCAAACAGCUGUUGGGGUAUUUGGUGGGGAGGGAUACAGUGGUGAUAAAACAGAUGUGGUGCCUCUUAUGGUGGCAAAUGCCGGAAAUAGCUUUCAUGCUGCAAUUUCAAGUCUUAAUUGCCCACCAAUUGUUGCUGGCGAACUUUGUCGUGAACAUUUGGGAGUUCAUCCCUGUGACAGAAGAAGAAGUGUUAGCGAGUAUCAGUUUCUUUUUCCCGCUGUUGAUUUUUCACUGAUAGACAGUGAUGAGGAUGUUUGGUGGAAGGAUGAUGUGAGAGAGACAAAGGAGGAACUUGCAGCUAGGGGGCUGAAGUUCAUGAACUGGUUGUGGACACGAAAAGAGAAGGAGAUAGCGAUUGUGACUCACAGUGGAUUCUUGUUUCACACUCUAACUGCAUUUGGAAAUGAUUGCCACCCCUCAGUGAAGAAAGAAAUAUCCAAGCACUUUGCGAACUGUGAGCUUCGCUCCAUGGUCAUUGUGGAUAGAAGUAUGUUAGGGUCGGAAGAAUCAACAACUAACUAUCCCGGCAAGAUACCUUCAGGGCUGGACAAACCUAGUGAUGCUGUGGAUGAGAUCGUUGAGAAGCAGGGCGUUUAGUUUUGCUACAUGUAUGUGUUUAAUUCCAUUUAAGCAUUGAACUGCUGGGCAUAUAAUCAUUACUAUUUGAAGAUGAUGACUCAUACAAAAUCUAACAUGAUUGUUUCAGACUUUA